CGACAACUGCACCAGUCGCAUGAGGCCUGUAAACAACACCUGUCGUUGCGUCGUCAUGAGGGGUCGGACUCCGAAGCUGAGGUGGAACAGGUGCUGAAGGCGACGGACCGGUUGUUUGUGAGUGGAAGUCGAGACACCACUCUUCGCCUGUGGAAUGCUCGCACUGGCCACGAACGACGAGUUGGUUGGUUGGUAGCCCUUGUUGGAUCAGGGGUCCCCGGCGGAGUCCAAACUGGGUGCAGUUGGGAGACAGAGAAAAACCGCGACCUCAGCCGGCUUGAGCCAAAGGUCCACGGGGCUGAGUUGGGUGCCUGGCCGGGAACUGCAGGCGAAGAGAUGACGGCAGUCAUGCGGCCGAGACGCCGCAGUCAGGACAGCUGUCGGGUAUGGACGGGUCGAGCUGGUGUUGGUACUGGCGAAGAGCAUGCAGUAGCCACUGUGUAG